CAGGCGGCAGCUAGUGUCAGGUGUCUCCGAGUUUCCUCAAUAAUCCACGGAAGUUCAUACAGCAUGCAAUCAAGUCGGCACCGGAGUGCAAGUUAGAACUCGUACAAUUACAGAACGCAAUAUUCAAAAUAACACUCGGAAUUGAGGAAGCUGCAACCAUGGAACCCUCUCCGUUCACUCGACAGACGUGGGAGUCGCAGUCGUUGCGUGUCACUGCGAAGGAGUUGUCACUGGUCAGUCAGCGAGGGAGGAACAACGCCAUUGCCGAGCGCUUCUCCAAGUACCAGAGAGCUGCCGAUGAGGUAAAUUCAGAGAAGAAAAAAAGGGGCUUUGAAAGUGCCUCCUCCCUUCGCUCAAAUAACUUGAGUGCUUUGAAGAAACGCUGGGAACAAGCUGGGAACAUUGGUUCCCAAGACAAGGCUCCAUUCAUCUCCUCACCUAUACUAUCUCACGGCGCACCGCACAUCCCAGUCCGGGCAGGUCCUGGGAGUGAGCAGCCCCCUCAUCCUCCUCCACCACCACCUCUUUCUCCUCCUCCUCCUCCAAAAAACCUAGUGUACCACCAGCCUUCUCAGGAAGAGCCACAAAGUCCGACCACUACGACCUUUACACUCUCUGCUGCUCUACAAAGAGCCGAAAAAAAAGAACAAGAAGAAGAAGAGAGGGGGAUGGACAAAGAUCACCUGACAGACUUCAAGACACCAGAAGAGCUUGAAGAGCAAGUUCCAGCUAGUCCACGUGGUCCCUGUGAAAAACCAAGUUUGCUAUUAAACAAUCUGAAGAUGAGGUUUGAGAGGACAGCGGACGCCCCAGAAAAGGCUGGCAGACCCUUUCUAAAAAGUGCCUCGUCAGAAGAUAUGGACCAAACCUCUGUGUGUGACCGCCUGCUGGAGAAGUCAUCGCUGAGGGAGAAGCUGGCCAAAUACACUGCUGCUGUUUCCAAACAAAGCAACUCUAAAACUUCUGUCUCCACAGAUGUGCUUCCCUCCAAAAUAUCCAUACCUGCAAUCCGGAAAGUCAAAGGUUUACCUGAGUGCAAUGGGAGCAGCAGCAAUGACGCCCCCAGAGUAACCAGGAAGUUCUGCCCUCCGGUCAAGGAGACGUGCGUCGCUUGUCAGAAGACGGUGUACCCUCUGGAGAGGCUGGCGGCCCUUCAGCACGUCUACCACAAAAGCUGCUUCCGCUGUGUUCACUGCAGCACAAAACUCAGCCUGGGCAACUUUGCCUCCCUUCACGGCAACGUGUACUGCAAGCCCCACUUCAGCCAGCUCUUCAAAGCCAAGGGAAACUACGACGAGGGAUUCGGCCAUCGGCCUCACAAGGAGCUGUGGAAGCCUCGCAAAGACGGCGACGAAGACGAGGAGGAGGAGGCGGCGGCGAAGCCCAAAGAACAAGCUGCGCCGGCGAGGAGGCCGUCGGUGGAGAGUCUGUCAGACGGACCGCGGACGCCCUCCGUAGAAGCGCCGGCGCAGGUCAAAGUCACCGACAUCACCGCCCACAUGGAGACAAGGAUGCAAACACUCUCCAGCGCUGCGGAAAAGCCGGCCGAGACCCGCCGGUUGAGGAUCGCGUGGCCGCCCCCAGCUGGCGAGGCUCACUCUGGCACGGGAAUACGCAGCCCGUCCGCCGAGGGGGUCGCUUCCGGGCGAACUUGGAGAGCCAAGUGGCCUCCAGAGGACGAUUCGCCAUCAUCUUCAUCAGCGGCGGCAUCGUCGCAAAGCGCCGAGCGUGCUGAGCUGAAGAGCCUGAGGAGGAGCUCCUCCCUAAAGGAGCGCAUUCGACCCUUCACCAUGGUCGCCAUGUCCGGCCCAGAAGCCAACCUGAGUCACAGGGAGCCGCGACGCCCUCUCAAAGCCCUGCUGGAGUGGAGAACAUCACUGGAGGAAAGAUCCAGAGAGAAAGUGCAGCUGCAAAGGAAGGCAGAAGAGGAGGGCAAGGCCGCGGAGGAGGCAGCAAGCGCCUUUCAAAGCAGCCCGGAGGAGGCGGAGCCUCAGCACGAAGAACGCCAACAUGCGCAGGAAGAACGCCAACACGCGCAGGAAGAACGCCAACACGCGCAGGAAGAAAUUCCGCCCGCAGACGGCUCGCUGAAGAGCAUCUCUCCGGACGUCUCUGCUUCCCCCUCGCCGCCCACGCUGCCCAAACAGAACCGCGCCUCGCAGGACGUCGGCUUUUGGGAUGAGGACAAGCAGGAGAGCGACGGCGACGAGCUGACUGUGGAGGACUUCAUCAAAAGGAACCGUCACUACGACGACGACGACGAGGAGGAGUCUGAAUGAGACCAGCAUCUUGUGGUGACGUUGCAAUAUUAUUACAUUUUUGGUUGAACUGAUGACAUUCCUACGCUGCAAACAUUCUUCAGAUUGGGACUUUUUCUCAGGUGUACAAAAAUGUUAAGCCUUAAAGGGGAACUCUACUUUUUUGGAACAUUGCCUGUAGGGCUGCAACUAACGAUUCAUUUGAUAAUCGAUUAAUCUGUGGAUUAUUACUUCGAUUAAUAAUCGGAUAAAAGAGACAAACUACAUUUCUAUCCUUUCCAGUAUUUUAUUGGGGGAAAAAACUGCAUACUGGCACCAUACUUAUUUUGAUUAUUGUUUCUCAGCUGUUUGUACAUGUUGGAGUUUAUAAAUAAAGGUUUAUAAAAAAAUAAAUUAAAAAAAUUGCCUCUGCGCAUGCGCAUAGUAUAGAUCCAACGAAUCGAUGACUAAAUUAAUCACCAACUAUUUUUAAAAUCGAUUGAAUCUAUUAGUUGUUGCAGCCCUAAUUGCCUGUCAUUCACACUCAUGUGUUGUUCUGCAUUCUCCUAAGUGGACUAACAAUGCAGCUAGUAGGAGUAUUCUAUGGUGCUCAUAAAGCCCUCCAGAAAAACGUUCAGAAUCAUCCAACAAGACCCCCAUUCCACGUCAUGACCUGCAUAUGAACCAUUAGACAUUUUGUUAUUGUAAGCGCUAACACGGACAAUUAGCCACGCCAUGAUCACAGUCUUGACAUACUGAGCUGGUGAAAGUGAAUUGUCGAUUAUAAAUCAUGCAUCUCACCUGGAUAGUUCGUGGUCAUAAACCGAGAAGUUGGUCAACUGCGACAUUCAAUUUAGAGCCGGAGAUGGCGAGAAAUACACAAAACAACUUUUGUGAGGAUUUUGAUUUAAUUGAUGUUAACAUCCCAUCACUCGGCAUCUCAGUGAGAGCAGACAUUGUACAGUAAGUGGUUGUUUUAUUAUGUUGUUUGUAUUUCUUGUUUAGCGCUUAGCAACAAUGCUACAUGAUGCUUAGUGUUUCACUGCUUAUUACUUGUAGCUCAUCCUCCUUAUAUUCAGGCCCAAAGAUAGAAGGUUCUGUAUCAUUUGUCUAAAAGUGACGGUUGACAAUCAUGAAGUCCGCACGAGUUGUUGUCGAAGGGAAAAGUGAACGUUGCGAUUCGUCUGUGAAAUGACGUAAAUAUUAUGAAUGUGCCUGUUGUAUUACAUAUAUACUUACAGCAUGUAUAUCAAAUGUUGAUGGAGGUUUACAGCGACUCCCACUAACUCCAUUAGCGGACUUUUGCCAACUCAAAAAAAAAAGAAAAAAAAAAGAUGUGCUCGUCCUACGUAGGGCUAAAGAAUGUUCCAAAAGAAGUGAAGCUCCCCUUUUAACAGUCCCAAUGACAAGUGAAUGGACACAAAUGUUGCCAACUUAUUGUUCACAUACCAAUGUUCUGCCACACUAAUCCUGAUUAACUCCUCACUUUCUAAUGUUCGCUUUUUUGUAUAAAUUCCCCCCAAAUGUUUUUGUAUGUAAAAAGUUGCCACUGAUGAAUAUUUUCUUUUAUCGUUUUUAAAUCACAGUCCAGUAGUACCUUUUUUUUUUUCUUUUUUUUUUUUUAAAGUGGGCAAAGCACAAUAAAAUGUAUAAUUGCUAAA